AAACUGUCAUUCGGUAUUUUAUACACUGCUAUAAAGUUUGCAGGACAAAAGUCUACGCAUCCGUUUUCAAUCACAAUUCCUCGGCUUUUAUCGUUACCUUAAAAUUUGUUGCGAUGUGUCAAUUCAGUACGUCCAACGAAAGGUUUAAAAACCAUCACUAUCUAGCAGGUAAAGUUAUUGUAAAGCUCGUUUUGCUAGCAGGCCCAUCAGGCCAGCUCUUCCAUCUCGCUAAUAAUGUUUUGUGCCUUGAGCUUAUAACUUCAAAGAUUAUUUAAUUUUACACUUCAGCACGGUUAGAAGCUGAGAAGUCUGCUGUGCAGAGUAAAGAGGAGGAAAAUGAAUACAAGCCACCAACAUCGUCACUUCAAAGAACACUACAGGACAUUGAAAAUAGUAUUAAGUCAGAAAAAAGAAAACUAAGUAAUCAUGACAAUUCAAAUAAUACUGAUAUUUCAGAAAAGUCGAGGGUAAAUGCAUUGAAAAACAAACCAACUGGAACUCCUGAAUAUAAUCCAACUCCAAUAAGAGAACUAAAGAAACAAAGAGUUGAGGGUAAAUUAGGGCGAUCAAAGUAUGAUUUAGCUUUGCUUGAUGGACCUGCAAAUGAUGGAGAAUAUGACCCAGCAUGUAACUUUUCCACAGGAAGCAAAUCAUCUACAGAUUUAGCAUAUAUACCUGGAAGUGGGGAAGAUGAUAUAGCCACAGAUUUAGAUUCAAUUCCAGACUAUGCAAAACAUUUACAAGGUGUCAAAAGACCAGCUGAGGAUGAGGAUAUAGAAGAUGAUGGAAGUCCUUUGGCAAAAAUUCCUAAAUUUGUGUCAGUUGAAUAUACACCAGCAGUAAAUGAAUCUGUAGAAUACAGUGAUGAAGAACCUUUAGGUGAAAAGCAAGACUGGUUUUCAGAUGAAGCUAGUGAAAAGGGAAGUGAGAGUGGUGCUGCUUCAGAUAAUGACCCUACAGCUGAUAGAGUGAACAAUAGUAACAAUAUGAUUACUGAUAAAAGACACGCAGAUGAAAGUAAAAACUUGUUGCCAAUAGAAUUUACUUCUGAUGGAUUUGUAAAAAGUGCUUAUAUAGAAAAACAUGGAGAGAAAAAAGAUAAGACUAAGUCUGUUAGAAAAGAACAUGACAAACGGAAAAGAGAUUCUAUCAAUAAAAUAUCAUCUUCUGGAAAAGAAAUGUCUAAUGUCGGUUGUAAAGUUGAUAGCAAUAAAGAUACAAAACAAGAUAUGAACAUUUUUAGUUUAUUUAAAGAAGAGUUUGAUAAUGAGUUAGAAAACUGUGAAAUAUCUUUGACACAGAAUGACACUGGAAGUUUACCAAAAGUAAAGUUAAAACAAGACGAGUCUAAGAAUAGUUUGGUGCCUAAAACAAGUACAAGUUGUGAACAAUUAAGUUUGAAAGACAAAAACAAUAGUCAGAAAAAAACUGAAAAAAGUGAUACAGACAAACUAUCUUCUGCAAAAAGAAGAUCUUCCUCAGAACAUAGGCAUUCUUCAAAAAGUUCAGACAGUGUUCACAAGUCAUCUAGUCAUUCUAAAAAAGAAAGAGAUGAUAAGAAUGGCAUCAUAAGAGAUAAACAUAAACAUUCAUCAAGAAGUGAGGACCACAGUGUAUCAAAACAUAAGUCAUCAUCAUCAUCAAAAGACAGACAUUCUGGAUCAGAUGGUCAUAGUUCCUCAAUAAAACAUAGUAGUGACAGCAAGAAGUCAAAGCAUGGCUCACCUAAGGCCAGUAGCCACCAUUCAAAGGAACAUAAAAAGUCAGACAGAGAUUCCAGCAGGAGUAGUGAGAGACAUUCUCAUAGCAGCUCAAAGAGUAGGCAUCAUUCAGAUAAACCUGAUAAAUCUUCAGAAUCUAAACAUAGAGAUAGUAGAUCUGGGAAAGAAAAAUCAAAGAAGAAAAAACAAAUAGUGAAUCUUGAUGUAGAUUUGUUUGGUGUUGAAACUGAUAAAGGAUUAUCUCGGCAUGUUGUAGACGAUGAUGAUCUCUCAGAUUUAGACAAGUAUUUUAUGGAUGAUGACCCUUUUGAUGAGUGCUUGAAGAUAUUUAAUGAAGAGGCAACCAAUAAACCCUCUACUAGUAGAGAAGGAGAUAAAAAGAAACAAAAGAAGACCUCUGAUCAUGACCAUACACCAGAUGUUGUUGCAGGAAAGAAGAGAAUUGCCUUAAAACAGAGUACUAGUGCCUCUAAGACAGUAUCUAACAAACCUGCCCCUAAACCAUCACCAGCUCAGGUGAUGAUGAAUCGUUACAAGAUGAUGCAGGACCGAAUACUGCAGGCUGAACAAGAGAGUAAAGAGAAAAUGAAGGCCAAGGUCAGGCAGAUCUCGCAACAAAAUGCUAUCAAAGCUUCAACAUCGAAUGGCCCUUCCAAACCUAACAUGGCAAGUGCAUCAUCAACAUUUUCUACUUAUAUUGCCAACAAAAACAAGAAGACCUCUGCUAUCACUGUUGCCAAGGGCAGCAAGAGAAAGGCUCAUACUCCAACAGUGCCAAUAGCAAAACUGAAGAGACCAGUUGUGGAAGUGAGUACCAGCUCUAAAGUGGGAACAAAUAUACGCCAGAGAUAUCUUAAUAUGUUUAUUGACGAAAUACUCAAAUUCAACACAAAUGAGGAAGAAGCUUUUAAAAGGGGUAAAGAGGAAGAAGAGGCUGUGUAUAAACGAUGUUCAAAUAAACAAAUCUACCUCAACUGUGCUGUCAACACUAUCAAACGUAUUCGCACCGAAGCAGACAACAAGAAAUCCGGUGCCAAAACAGCAACACCUCAAAAAAAGACCUCUCAUGCCACAAUAUUGGAUGGUGCUGGUGCACAGAAAACAACUUAUACACUUCAUAGGUCUGGUGGAGCUGCUAAAAUUAGAGAAGAGGACUAUUUCGGUGCUGACCUGUAUAAAAGGUUACAACAGUUUGUUCUAACAGAGGAUCAGUUGAAAGAGAAUAACUUUCCAAGACCAGAUCCUGUACAGGGUGGAACUGCUAUAUUUUAUGGCGAGCAGAAAAAAUCACAGAAAGGAAGUACAAAAGGUUAUGAGAAAUUGUGUGUGAGAUGUGGGAAGGUAUUUGAAGUGUACCCAAAUGGAAAAUAUCCAAUAAAAGAAGAAUGUGUUUAUCAUUGGGGAAAAGCAUGGAAAAAGAAAAUUGCUGGUUCAUGGGAGACAAGAUACACAUGUUGCCAGGGAGAUUUGGCUGCUGAAGGUUGUCAAGUUGCCAAGCUUCAUGUUCAUGAGACAAACAAAAUGGGGAACAUGUCGGGUUUUAUGAAGACUAUACCAAGUUCCCCACCCAUUGAUGGUGAUUACGGUGUAUAUGCUCUAGAUUGUGAAAUGGUGUAUACAACAAUGGGUAUCGAGCUAGCUAGGGUGACUGUAGUUGGUGCUGAUCAGGAUCCCGUGUAUGAAUCUCUUGUUCUCCCUGACAACCCUGUUAUAGACUUAAAUACAAGGUUUAGUGGUAUAACAGAAGAAGAUAUGGAGGAUGUACAAACCAGUCUACGAGAUGUACAGGCAGUACUACUCAGUCUCUUUACUGAUAAAACAAUACUUAUGGGACACAGUCUGGAGAGUGAUUUAACUGCUCUAAAGUUAAUACACAACACAGUGGUGGAUACCUCUAUUGUAUUCCCACACCGACUAGGUUAUCCAUAUAAAAGGGCACUGAAAAACCUGAUGGCAGAAUAUCUGAAGAAAAUCAUACAAGAUGACGUUGCUGGUCAUGACAGUUUAGAAGAUGCUGUGGCAUGUGUAGAAUUGAUGCAAUACCGACUGAAAGAAGACUCGAGGACCGAGGGUCGCAGACUCUCUUCAUAAAUACUUCGAUAAUACUUGAUAUGAACACCACAAAAAUUAUCUCUACAUAUUGUUUAAUGUUAUCUUAAUUUCAAAAUAGUGUUGGAGUUGUUUUUGGUGCGUUUUUUUAAACAAAUAUUAUUGAUACUCCUAAUGGCAACCUUACUUGGUUAGUUUUGACACCAUAAGAAGUGAUUCUACUAUCUUUAUGAAUACGUGGCGUGAGGGAAUGUGACUGAGAAUUCUUAGAAAAUAAAGAAUGUAAAGUUAAGUGAAACAAUAGUUUACAUCGCGUAAAGUUAAAUAGAGUUAGGUUUUAGAUAAGGUAAGACAAAGAAAUCAGAUCUGUUUAUAACUUACAUGUAUAUCUACAUAUUUAUUGAAUGAAAAACUCAUUACUUUAACUGUGAUAUUUUGCCAAAAUUAUUUACUUCAUAAAAACUCUUUUUGAUACAGUGCUUAUAAUUGAUAUAUUAUACAUAGUUUGUAGAUUCUUCGUAAUUUAUUAUUAACUUUCAUUUAAGAUAAAGGAUGACUAAUGUGGUUUAAGUGAUUUCUAUUUAGUCACUUGCACUGGCACAUCAAUCAACAUGACAUAAUGGUGACAGAUGCAGACAAAAAGAUGCUGUAGUGCUUAUCUUCACUUGUUUUUGUCUCAGUGUCUACCAAGAGAAAAUAUGUCAUUAACUUUCCAAAUUUUGGACAAGACUGAAGAUUUUUUUAGUCUUAAUAUUGCUGAUAUGUUGUGAACUUGUGAAAGACUGUGAAGACUAACUUACACACUCAAAAACUUGACUUUAUUUAUUACAUGACAUAGUGAAAUGUUGAUUCAUAGUAUUUUGUAAUUGUUGGCAGAUAGUUUAAAAGAUGAUUGAAAGGUAUGUUUUAAAAUGGCUGGAACUAUUGACAUAUAUAUACACAGUCUAACCUGUGUAUAGAGACUUUAAAAAACAGUUACAUAAUAAAAAUCAGUAUAUAUUGAGGAUCUUCAUAUCCAGAGUCAAGUAUUGGCAACAUUAACAUUUUUCAAGAUUCAAAUUUGUGACAAAAAACUUAAACAUAAUAUUUUCAGUUAAUAUUUACCAAUAAUGCAUUGUUUUACUCAAUGAAAAAUAAAACAGUCCAAACUCAAACAAUAUGUGUUAUUUCUAGUUAAAUUAACUUCACUCCUCACAUCAGAGUGGUUAUAUUUAGAUGCAAUAAUUAGUAGUAUCACAAGGGGGAGUGAAAGUAAGGUCAUUAUUGACAGAAAGUUGUUAAAAAAAACAGAGAGCCACUGAGGCAGGUUAGACUGUACUCAUUAUUAUAUAUCUUACAUUCUAAAUGGAGAGGAUAUUGUUGAAAUCUUUUUGAAAUUAAUGCAUUGUACUGAAGAAUAUUUUAAAGCUGUUGUGACUGUGGUUAGAACUAAAAUACAUUUGUAUAUGAUAUUUUAAUCAGUGUCAUGGCAUUUGUGUUGUUGAAGAUAAACAUUAUUAUUACCUGUAGUAUUGUUUUGAAAAAAAUUCAAAAGGAAAAACUGAAUUUGAAUUAUAUGUGAUUAAAUACUAAGUGAACCUUUCUAGUUACAGUCAGUAAUAUUUAAUAGUCAUCUUUUUGUAGAUACUUGUGAAACAUCUACCAGGGUAUAUUUACUCAUGUAUAUUUUGAUGGGUAGGGAUUGUCCCAUAUUUAGAGACUAGUACAUGCAGAGUGGGGCAUUGCUGUUGUUAUCUUCUACUUAGUAAUUCAUUUCUCACUUAGGGGGUUCAUUGAUCAAACUAGCUACACUUCACCACACAAGUUAAACUUGCAGCUUUUUGUUUACCUCACCAGAACACAGUGUUUAGAGAUGGCCUGUUUUGACAGCAUGAUAUCUGUUCUCAAUUAUGUAUUGUUAUCUAAAAUUUCUUUAAGGAUCUUCUAUUUUGUAACCACAAGAUUUUGUGGCUCUCUACAAAAGUGUAAAUAGCUUCAUUCUGAUGCAUGAGUACAUCACAGAAGCUAAAAAUAUUCUAAAAAUGAAGUUUUUAAAAAUCUUUACCUCAGAAAGUGCUGUACUUAUGGCAUGUAGCAUCAAUUUGUAGUCUGCUGCAAUAUAUAUAAAUUAUGUCCGAGGGUCAUAUUUGGCCCCACCCUGAGCAUCACUGUCUUUUCACAGACUUAUUAUUGAGAAAAUUGUCAUUAUAUAUGACUUUAUCAAUUUCAAUUUAAAC